AGUUUGGAGAUGAUGAUCUUCUUCGACUUUUGACAACAUGUUGUCACGUUUUUCAUCAAGAAUGCAUUGAUCUAUGGCUUGAGAAACACAAAACUUGUCCCGUAUGUCGAAGAAGGCUCGAUGAAUCGCCCGAGAAGUCCCGAUAUCAUUCACGAAUACCAUGCGUCUCAUAAACGGAAGUGAGUCAUUGCCUGAAAGUGUUUCCAUCACAGUAAAGGAUGAAACUGAAGAUGAAAGAGGAGGUAGCGAUCGCGGCGAAAGGAGGACUUCUGCUACGGCUGCUGAUCACGUUCUAGUUGAAAGGCGGAACAAUAAUACUGAGCUGGAGAGAUUUUCAAGAUCACAUUCAACAGGACAUUCAAUAGUUAGGACUAAAGGAUCAGAAGAUCAGGAUAGGUUUACUUUGAGAUUGCCAGAGCAAGUUCAAGAAAAAAUUAUUAAGGGACAUAAUACAAGCAGAAGUUGCACUGUUUUUGGAGAAUAUAGAAGCCAAGAAACCACAGGAAAUGGUGGUUUUGGUGAAGUUUCAGGGCUAUCUGGUGCAGACUUCAACAAAGAUUGACUGGAUUGUUUUUGUCCUCCUUCUCUUGAGCUAAUCUCUUUUCCUCCCUCCCUUCUAUUUUUUAAUUUUGGUUUUAU